AUGAUUAUUGAAAUACAUUCUGAUGAUAAUAAUUCAAACCUUAAAGAGAAAUUUGAUAAAGCUUCAGUAAUCGAUUUAGUAUCAGAUACUGAAAGUUUGAACGAUAAUAAUUCCAAAAAUGAAAUUGAGAAUAAUAUUUAUAAUGAAAUUAGAGAUAUAGAAGAUGCUAAUUAUAAUGAAAUUGGAAAUGUUAAUUAUAAUGAACUUGAAGGUCCUAAUUAUAACAAUAUCGAAGAUAUUGAUUAUAAUGAUAUUGAAGAUAUUGACUAUAAUGAUAUUAAAGAUACCGAUUAUAAUAAUAUUGAAGAUGCCAAUUAUAGUGAUAUUGAAGAUACCAGUGAUAAUGAAAUUAAUAAAAUUUAUUCAAUAACAGAAAAUUUAAGAGUAAAAGAAAUCCGGCAUACAAUUUUUCCUAUGGAAUAUCUACCUACAUCUCCUGAAGGUAUUGCUAUUUGUUAUAAUAUAGAAAAUUGGGAAUCAUAUGAGGCUGUAUUUGAAAAUAUGCAAUAUAUGACCGGAAAACCAAUAGGUGGUGGAGAAAAGCCAAUUUGGACUGAAUCAUCUACUAAAUCAAGACAAACAAAAAAAAUUAAAAAAAUUGAAAAUUCUCAAGAUUUAACAGAUGCAUUGGCCAAAUUUGAUUUAGAAAAAGAAAAAAAA